AUGUUCUUUAAAUGUAGAAGGAGUGCGGAGGUUCCCCAUGGGGAAAAAUAUGGGUACCGUGAGCGAAAGCCUGACCUCAACGAGGUGAAUACUACCGAAGAUUGUCAAUGUGGUGUGGUGUGGUUGGUGUUGGUCAUCAAUCGGUUGUUGGAGCUGAAGCGGUGGGUUCCCGUUAUGAAUUCGGAGCGCCACCAUCAAGGCGUUGAUGCCAUAGAGGAUGCAUGA